AUGCUCGAUGGUAAGCUUGUGGCUUCAUACCCAGGCUUCCCAGAAAGUUAUGAUGAUUCUGAACGGCCCGCGCCGAUACUUGCGAUUCAAGCCAACUUCAUCAAGGGUGGACUUCUUCUAAAUUUCUCUACUCAACACAACGCCAUUGAUGCCAGCGGCAUGAUGCAAGUGAUCAAUCUUUUUUCUGUGGCGAUGCAGGGCGGAGAUUUUAGCUCGACCGCUAUAAAUGAAGGCAAUCGCGAUCGCCGCAUGGUGAUACCUCUCAUUGCACCUGGAGAGCCAAUCCGAGAUCACAGCCAUCUCCAAAUUCCGCCAAACUUUGCCUUUCCCCCGGCAUCAAGUCUGGAUGGGGUACCUCGAUGGGGAUAUUUCCUGAUGAGUGCCUCGUCAGUACCCAAGAUCAAGGCAGCCGCCUCACAGUUCCAAGGAGGCAACCAGUCCGUCCCCUUCAUCUCCAGCAACGACGCCUUGAGUGCGUUUUAUUGGAAAUCUAUCGCCGAUGUUCGUAUGCGCAAUGGAAGACCACCCCAGAUGGUCUCCAAAUUUCUGCGAGCAAUUGACGCUCGCAAAGCAAUGGGAAUUUCAUACGAGUAUAUGGGCCACAUGGUCUACCAUGCAACCACAUGGAUGACAUUUGCCGAGAUCCAGGAAGCGCCGAUCUCGACAAUCGCUUGCAAGCUGCGCAGGGACCUCAACGAUGUCAACAACGGGUUCUCGGUCAGAAGCUACGCGACUUAUAUUGCUAACACACCUGACAAAUCUCGCAUCUUGUAUGGAGGACUAUUCAAUCGGAACACGGAUAUCGGGGCAUCAGCUGUUGCUAAUGCAGACUUCUUGCAUUCAUUUGGUGUCAUUGGUAAGCCGCAGUUUGCAAGGAGGCCUAACUUGGCCCCUAUCCCAGGUUGUGUGUACUUCAUGCCUUCCGAGGGUCAGCAUUUGCCCAUUCUGGUCUGUUUGCGGCAUGACGAUAUGGAAGGUCUGAAGAAUCAUCCGGAAUGGAAAAGAGUGACCGAGUUCAUCGGGUAG